AUGGCCCAAACCCGUGGCGCAACCGGCAACUCCAAGCCUCGAAUCUUCUCCACCAUCUCCACCGAGCCAGUCCGCAAACGCAAGACUGCCACCGGAACCAAGAAGCGCACAACCAAACCAAAGAGCACCGGUGGCGCCGUCAAGAAGCACGCGCCAGCCGCAGAUCACAAGAGAAAGCCUACUCUCAAAGACAAAGUCGAAGGCGCAGUUGAGAAGGUGGUCGGUGCAAUCGAACACAAACCAGGCAAGAAAGCGGCGGGCACAAAGAAAAUGAAGGGUGCCGAUGACAAAAGCACCAAGACACCAAAGGUCAAGAAGGUCUAA